AUUAUAUUUCCAAAUGGAUAAUCAGAAGUACAAGGUUUCACUCAACAUGUAUGAUUUGUCUUAAGGAAUGGCCAAACAAUUUUCACCUAUGUUUUUAGGCAAAUAAAUUGAGGCUAUAUGGCACACUGGAAUUGUAGUGUAUGGAAAAGAAUAUUAUUUCGGUGGAGGCAUUUGUGCUUAAACUCCAAAAACGACUAUAUACGGAUACCCAAUAGAGGUUCAUAGUUUAUACUAAGAAUUAGGAAAGAGAAUUGGGAGAAACAGAAAUCCCUCAGAGUACAUUCGAAGAAUUCUUGAGAAGCAUAAGUUCAAAUUAUACAAUGGAGAAAUAUGACCUAUUUAAAAACAAUUGCAAUAAUUUUACCAAUGAAUGUGCUUAAUUUUUAGUUGGAAAAGGUAUUCCCGAAAAUAUUACAGGUAAAUUAUAAUCUUUUAAUUCACAUUAGGAUUGCCAUAAGAAUUUUUAAAUACCUAAUUAGGAUAAAUGUUGAAACCCAUAAUAGAGCAAAUCACCAAUAAACAGGCUUCUGAUUAGACUGAGCAUUUUAAUUAUGUCUACAAUUAAGACUUAGACGUACCUUAAAAUUUCCAAAAUAUUAAUCCCUAAAUAAUAAACUAGCCAUAGCCUUAGCCACAAAUUGUUCCCUAAAACUAAACAGUUUAGGCAGCCUAAUAACAAUCGCAAUAACAUUCUUCAACAGAUUCUAAUGUUGUACCAAUCGAAGACUUGGAAUCCUUUUUUUGUUUGAUAGAGAGCAGCCCUUAAUGUGUUAUUGACUUCUAUACAGAUUGGUGUGGACCAUGCAAGACCAUAAAACCAGUGUUUCAUAAGUUAUCAAUAGACAACCCACACAUCAAUUUCUACAAUGUGAAUAUUGAUAAAGUAAGCACCCAAUUUCUUAUAAAUUUAGGUCAGAGAAUUAGCAGAUUCAUUACAAGUGACUAGCAUCCCAACCUUUAUUAUUUAUCAGAAUGGAGAAUAGAAAUUUAGAUGGACAGGAGGAAACCAAAAUACAUUACACGAAUACAUAAAUAAAAUAAAAUGA